UAGCAGAAUAAAGAAUAUGUUGGCAUUUUUGCACUUGUAAAUUGUUAAUAGUGUUUUAGCCUACACUCAGAUGUGAACUCAUUCUUGCAUGCGGGGGUCUUGAAUCACAGGGAAGACAUUGAAAUUGCAGGUCGUUCCAAGUGAAGUGUAAAAAUGCCUAAUCUGUCGGUAGUGGGGAUUGACAGCUAUUCUGUGAAAAUGAAAGAAUAUGUCUUGUGUGCGUUUCCUUCUUUAUGUGGAAAGCAGCAGACCCCAGACACCAUUUCAAUCAAGGUUGAAGAGGAUAUUGGUGGAGGCUUGCCCGCCGUAGAAGACAAUGACAUCAGAGAAUGCAGCACGCAGCGCGGCGCCACCUCGGAGAGUCUGCGUGUGGACGCCCCUGGCUCCUCCCACGCGUCAAGUCACAGCGGGGAGCUGCGCAUCCUGAGCGUUUAUGGACAAGGGGAGAGCCCACUGGCGGUGGACGUCCAUAACACCCUUUUUGCCGCGUCAGAACUGGAGGUCUUAAGCUCGCUGUCCGCUGACCACAGCGUGGCCAAGAACCUGAACUGCAGUGUGCGGCUCGUCCGCCUUGAGGAGCUGACUGGGCAUCGGGGCGGCCGCAAGGGACGGCCCGGUGUCUUGUGUGGAAAGGUUAUUCCCAACAAUGCCAAUAUGAUCAUCCACAAGAGGACUCACUCCGGGGAGAAGCCCUACAAGUGUGACCAAUGCAUGAAGUGCUUCCGUCAGAAAGGCCCCCUGAAGCGCCACAUGAGGAAUCACUCCGGGGAGAAGCCCUACAGGUGUGACCAAUGCACGAAGUGCUUCAGUCUGAAAGGCACCCUGAAGCGCCACAUGAUAACUCACUCUGGGGAGAAACCCUACAAGUGUGACCAAUGCACGAAGCGCUUCAGUCGGACAAGCCACCUGAAGAUCCACAUGAGGACUCACUCCGGUGAGAAGCCCUACAAGUGUGACCAAUGCACGAAGGGCUUCCUUCUGAAAGGCUCCCUGAAGAGCCACAUGAGGACUCACUCCGGUGAGAAGCCCUACAAGUGUGACCAAUGCACGAAGCGCUUCAGUCAGAAAAGCCACCUGAAUGGCCACAUGCUGACUCACUCUGGCGAGAAGCCCUACAAGUGUGACCAAUGCACGAAGCGCUUCAUUCGGUCAUACCGCCUGAGGAUCCACAUGAGGACUCACUCUGGGGAGAAGCCCUGCGUGUGUCUGCAGUGCAACGCCAGCUACUGCGGCCCAAGCAGUUUGCGUGUGCACAUGCUCAAGCACACAUUGAGCCACAUGAGGACUCACUCCGGUGAGAAGCCCUACAAGUGUGACCAAUGCACGAGGCACUUCAGUCGGAAAGGCCACCUGAAGAUCCACAUGAGGACUCACUCUGGGGAGAAGCCCUGCGUGUGUCUGCAGUGCAACGCCAGCUACAGCGACCCAAGCAGUUUGCGUGUGCACAUGCUCAAGCACACUUUGACACGGGGUAACGGGACGCUUUGAUUGAGACCUCUGUUCUGUAUUGGUUGAAAUUACUGCUUUUUGUUUUUCUCUUCAUCACGAUUAAACGCUUCGUACUUUCGAUUCACUUUCUGUUUUUAUUGUUUGAUGUCCGUGGGGUCGGUUACAAGCAGUUGACUUGUAACCGAAAGGUUGCUAGUUCAAUCCCUAGCUCCUCCUAGCUGAGUGUUGAUGUGUCCCCGAGCAAGACACUUAACCCUAAUUGCUCCUGACGAGCUGGCUGUCGCCUUGCAUGGUUGACUCUGCCGUCGGUGUGUCAAUGUGUGUAUUAACCGAUGUAAGUCGCUUUGGUCUUCUAAAUGUAAAUGUAAAUGUGUUGAAUAAUUUAUUUCUAGGACACUUCUGAAAGCAAAAUAUUUGAUUUAAUGUAGAGCUUGAUCAGGGGAAGAUACAGGCAGCAAAGUUACCAAGCAUACAGUCAAAGACGAUGGGUGUACAUGAUUCUUGUAGGAAACUUUGACAUCGUGGGUAAAUACAAAGG